AUGGCGGAUUUGCUCACUUCAUAUUUUGGUGUCUGCGGGUAUCCAAUGGUGUGUGGCAAAUACGGCAUAUGUAUUUCAAAGGUGCAAUGUAGUUGUUUUGCGGGAAGCAGUAAUGAAACAGAAAUUUUUAAGCCAAUAAAUUACAAGCAAACAAACCGCGGAUGCUCCCUUGUUACACCCAUUUCUUGUAAUCAUUCUCAGUAUCACAGUCUUUUGGAGAUUAAGAAUAUUAGUUACUUCAACUUAAAUUGGCGAUACAUAUACACCAAUAUGUUGGAUAAAAAAACAGGAUUGGAGGAUUGUAAAAAUGCUUGUUUGAGAAAUUGUUCUUGCAAAGCAGCUUUAUUCACGGAUACAUCAUCCAAUUUUCGUACAUCGCCAGGUUGCAUGUUAUUGUCUGAAGUUUUUUCUCUUAUAAACGACGAGGGAGAAUACGACAACACCUCUAUAUUUCUUAAAGUGCAGAAUUCUCCAACCAAACAGCCAUCGCCUGGCACAAUCAACCUGGGAUCUAGUCUUGGAGCUUUGUUUGGCAUAUGUCUUUUGGUUGGAUCUUCCAUUCUAGUUUUCAAAAGGAAAAGAGAACUAGAGGAAUUUGAUGAUGAGUUCUCUGUUGAUAAAGUACCGGGGAUGCCUACCAGAUUCUCAUACGGUGAUUUGAAAACCGCAACCAAUGACUUUAAAAAUAAGCUCGGGGAAGGAGGAUUUGGGUCAGUCUUUCAAGGGAUGUUGAGUGAUGGCACCGAAGUAGCAGUGAAGCGUCUCGCCGGUAUGAGUAAGAUCAAGAAGUCAUUCUUAGCUGAAGUUCAGACAAUAGGUAGCAUCCAUCAUGUCAAUUUGGUGAGAUUGAUUGGAUUUUGCGCUGAAAACUGUAAUAGGCUUCUAGUCUAUGAAUACAUGUCCAACGGGUCCUUGGAUAGAUGGAUAUUCAAAAGACGUCAAGAGCUCACUCUUGGGUGGGAAUCCAGAAGGAAGAUCAUCGCAGAUAUAGCCAAGGGACUAGCCUAUCUCCAUGAGGAAUGCCGACAGAAAAUAUAUCAUUUGGAUGUCAAACCCCAAAACAUCCUCUUAGAUGAAAAUUUCGUGGCAAAAGUUUCUGAUUUUGGAUUGGCAAAACUAAUUGAUAAGGACCAAAGUCAUGUUGUAGCGACAUUGGGGGGGACCCCAGGCUACAUGGCUCCUGAAUGGUUGAGCUCAAUUAUCACAGAGAAAGUAGAUGUUUAUAGCUUUGGGGUCGUGGUCUCAGAGAUCUUGAGCGGACGAAAAAAUUUGGAUAGGUCUCAGCCAGAGGAAGAGAUGCAUUUAGUAGGUUUAUUCGCAAGGAAAGCAGAAGAGGGACAACUUUUGGAUAUGGUCGACAAAUACAAUGCUGAUAUGCAAUUACAUGGAGCAGAAGUGGUGGAGAUGAUGAAGCUUGCUGUGUGGUGUCUACAAAGUGAUUACCGGAGGCGACCUUCGAUGAUAGUGGUGGUUCAGGCCUUGGAGGGUUUCGUCAGUGUCCAAGACAAUUUGGACUUUAACUUCACAAAUGCUCCAGCAAGAAGAACAAUGGCAGCAACCGGUGAAGACAUGGAUGCAAUUCAUGAUGGCACUACAUUAUUUGCAUCGGAUCUAUCAGGGCCGAGGUGAAGGCAAGUUUCUAUAAAUUACGUUUACAAAAUAAGUGGUCCUAUCGGAAGCUUCUUCUAAGUUGUAAUUUCACGUUUAAAAUAUGUUAUCCGUUACUCCUUUGUUUUUAUCCUCAGUUGUUUUCCUACUUUAUUGGUGAACAAGUUCAAAAAUGCUUGGACUUGGUCAUUACUUGAUGCAUAUAUUUAGCAACCCAAUGAGUGGAUUUGGAAACCUAUUGCUUCUGGCAC